AUGUUUCAUUUGGAAAGUUUGAGGGUCUCUCAAUGUCUCUUGAUGUGCAGAGCACAGAGCCUCUGCCCUGGCCACAGUCCCCAUUGGACUAACCCGUUUUACCACCAAGAUCACCAUCUGUCGCCAACCUCCACUGAGAUGGCACCCAAGAAGAAAAAUCCCAAGAAGAACAAAGUGGACAAGGGCGAGGAUCCCCCGGCCCAUGUGAUGGUGGAGGACACUUUGCUGGAUAUCGAUCACCUCAACCACUUGAAUGGUCUGUAUGAAAAUGUCUCCAAUGGCUUCCGCUGCACUGCCACAGAGGUCAGGAACCCCAACCAUGGAGGCAGCCUGCUGGAGGAGAUGAGUCAAAUGCGCCAAAAGCAGUUCCUCUGUGACCUCACCAUUGCCACCAAAACCAAGUCCUUCGAUGUCCAUAAGCUCGUCAUGGCUUCAUGCAGCGAGUAUUUCCACAGCCUGCUGAAGAGAGAUCCCAACUUGCCACAAGUAGAACUCAACGAUGUCUCCCCUCUGGGCUUGACCACCGUUAUCACUUACGCCUACACCGGUAAGCUGAAUCUCUCCCUGUACACCAUUGGCAGCACCAUCUCAACUGCCAGCCGCCUACAAAUGCGUGCUUUGCUCAACAUGUGCAGUGACUUCCUCAUUCAGGAGAUAAACGUAGAGAACUGCAUGUAUAUCGCCAACAUCUCGGGGACGUACAACCUCAACCAGACCAAGGACGCCACUCGAAAGUUCAUCCAGGAAAACUUCCUGGAGUUCUCGGAGACUGAGCAGUUCAUGAAACUCACCUUUGACCAGCUGAAGGAGCUGCUGAUUGAUGAUGGUCUGCAGAUCCCAAAUGAGGUCAUUGCCUUCCAGAUUGCCAUGAAAUGGCUCGAGUUUGACCCUAAGCGAGUCACAUAUGCUGCCAACCUCCUGAGCAACAUUAGAUUUGGCACCAUAUCAGCUCCCGAUUUGGUCAACCAUGUGCAACCAGUACCACGGAUGAUGCAAGAUCCUGAGUGCCACAGGCUGCUGGUGGAGGCUAUGAAUUACCAUCUGCUCCCUUACCAGCAAAAUACCCUUCAGUCCAGAAGAACCAAAAUCCGUGGAGGCCAAAGGGUGCUAGUCACAGUUGGUGGCCGUCCAGCUUUGACCGAGAAAGCUCUUAGCAGAGAGAUUAGCUACAGGGACCCAGAUGGAAACUGGAACAAGAUGGCUGAGAUGCCAGCAAAAAGUUUCAACCAGUGUGUCAUUGUGAUGGAUGGGUUCCUCUAUGUGGCAGGAGGGGAAGAUCAAAACGAUGCUAGGAACCAGGCUAAGCAUGCAGUCAACAGUCUGUGCAGGUAUGAUGCUCGCUUCAACGCCUGGCUGCACUUGGCCAGCAUGCUGCACAAGAGGACUCACUUCAGUCUGAGCGCCUACAAUGGUCUCCUCUACGCCAUCGGCGGGCGCAACGCCGAGGGGGUCCUGGCCUCCAUCGACUGCUACAUCCCUUCCACCAACAGCUGGCAGAGCAAGGCCGGCAUGGAGAUCCCUCGCUGCUGCCACGCCAGCACGGUCAUCGACGGCAAGAUCCUAGUCACCGGGGGCUACGUCAACAACUGUUACUCGCGCACCGUGUGCAGCUAUGAGCCCAGCACAGACACCUGGAGAGACCGGGCUGGGCUCAGCACCCCCCGGGGCUGGCACUGCGCUGCCACCUGGGCUGAUCGUGCGUACGUCCUAGGGGGCAGCCAGCUGGGCCCCCGAGGUGAGCGGGUGGAUGUGAUCCCCGUGGAGUGCUACAAUCCUGACACAGGCCAGUGGAGCUAUGUGGCGCCCGUGCCCACUGGGGUCAGCACGGCCGGGGUAACGAUCCUCGACGGGCGCAUCUGCCUAGUGGGUGGCUGGAAUGAGAGUGGGAAGAAAUACCAGAAGUGUGUGCAGAGCUACAACCCGGAGCUGAACGAAUGGGCAGAGGAGGAGGAUCUCCCCGAGGCCACCGUGGGUGUGUCCUGCUGCACCAUCACCCUCCCGCACCAAGGCAGCAAGGGAUCCAGGACUAGCUCAGCGGCAUCGGCAGCGGUCAGCAUCUAA